GACAUCCUCUCCCCCGCAGCCUCAGUGCGCGCAGAACCGAUCUUUUAGUGAGUUACUUGUAGACAGCAGCAGGAACAGCAUCGUCGUGAAUGAUGUUAGACAACGAGGAGUAUCUGGUAGAAGGCUUCCCGCGGGAGCUCACUCAGAACCCGCUGAGGAAGAUCUGGAUACCGGGCAAGAACGGCCACAUUGCACAGAGACGUGUGUGCAUGACCAACUGCCCCACCCUCAUCGUGACAGUGGGCCUUCCGGCUCGAGGGAAGACCUACAUCUCCAAGAAGCUAACGCGGUACUUAAACUGGAUCGGAGUGCCCACCAAAGAGUUCAAUGUGGGCCAGUACCGUAGACAGCGUGUGAAGAUCUACAAAUCCUUUGAGUUUUUCAGUCCAGAUAAUGAAGAAGGCUUAAAAAUCAGACGUAACUGUGCAAUGGCAGCUCUUAAUGACAUUCGACAGUACCUCAGCGUUGAAGGAGGGCAAGUGGCCGUAUUUGACGCCACCAAUACGACGAGAGAAAGACGAGGGGCCAUUGUCAAGUUUGCCGAGCACAACGGUUUCAAGGUGUUCUUUGUGGAGUCUGUGUGUGAAGACCCAGACGUCAUCGCGCAAAACAUCGUGCAAGUGAAACUCGGCAACCCAGACUACAUCCACUGUGACACUCAAGAGGCCAUUGAAGACUUUAUGAAGAGGAUCAAAUGCUAUGAGUCGUCCUACCAGCCUCUGGACGAGGUUUUGGACAGGGACAUGCCCUACAUCAAGAUCAUGGAUGUCGGCCGGCGUUACCUGGUGAACCGCGUGCAGGACCACAUCCAGAGCCGGAUCGUGUACUACCUGAUGAACAUCCACAUCACGCCGCGCUCCAUCUACCUGAGUCGGCACGGCGAGAGCGACCUGAACAUCAAAGGACGCAUCGGAGGCGACUCGGCCUUGUCGGCGCGGGGGAAAGAGUAUGCCAAAUGUCUGAGGAAGUACAUCCAGGAGCAGAAUAUCAAAGAUCUGAAAGUGUGGACCAGCCAGAUGAAGAGAACCAUCCAGACAGCCGAGUGUCUGGGCGUGCCGUACGAACAGUGGAAAACUCUCAAUGAGAUCGACGCUGGCGUUUGUGAGGAGAUGAUGUAUGAAGAGAUCCAGGAGCAUUACCCUCUGGAGUUUGCAUUGAGAGACCAGGACAAAUAUCGCUACCGCUAUCCAAAAGGAGAGUCGUACGAAGACUUGGUGCAGCGUUUGGAGCCCGUCAUCAUGGAGCUGGAGAGGCAGGAGAACGUUCUGGUCGUUUGUCACCAGGCCGUGAUGCGCUGCCUUCUCGCUUAUUUUUUAGACAAGACCGCAGCCGAGUUGCCUUAUCUGAAGUGUCCGUUACAUACGGUGUUGAAACUCACCCCACUGGCGUACGGAUGCAAGGUGGAGUCCAUCUAUUUGGGCGUGGAUGCCGUGAACACGCACCGAGAGCGACCGGAGACUCAUCUCAGCCAGGAGGCCGACUUGGUGUCCACACACGCGCCUCCAUCCUUGCUUUGAAAGAUGCUUUACAAACAUCUUCCUCCAGUGUCUGUCUUAUAUUUUAACCAUGAAGCCAAUACACAACUUCUAACCUCUUAUAAUUGUCAUGUUAAAUGUAUCUUCAUUGUAAAGAUCAUGAUCAGUAUUAAUGCCCAUUUGUAUUUCUUGUUGUCUUGGAAAGACGCAAUGUAAUAAAUAAAUUUGUUUUUAUUUCCCUGUUGAUGUCAAAAACUGUGGCUGUUGCAGAAUGUGAACGCGCAGCGUAGCACAGAGGCCGCUCUGAAAACCGUGCCGACGCACUUCUGACGCUUCUCGUGUGACUUCUCGACUGCCUCACGAGGACGCUCGCCGUUGACGUUCGGCACCGGCAUCCUGUUUUGUACUACUCCAUGGGCGGGGAACUUUCUGAAUGAACGACGUGUGUCUUUUUGUUACUACGUAGCACUGCCAAAAGCGCUCACUUAAUGUCUUGCUGUGGGUGAAAGAAGGAACUGUUUGUGUUUCAGUAGUUUGAACAUUGCAACAAAACAAUAGUGGCCAGAAAGUCAUUUAGAUUUGGACUUAUGUCAAGCGACCUCAUAAAUGGACACAAUUCUUAUGAUAUAUUAGAAAUGUCCUGAAAGUUUAAUACAACUGAACUGGACUUGGGCAGUCAUUCUUUUUGAGGCCACUAGAGGGAGCGUGGUACCCACUUUGAGAAUCACUACAUUGGAGGUCAGCCACUAUUUGAGGAAACAUUUUCUGAAAUAAGCUGUAGAAAUGAUUCUAUGCAUGUUUGGUGUGCUAUCAGAAGGAGUGGUGACGGUGUAACUGGUGCUUUUUCGGGUCUCUCCGACUUUUUAAUGAGCCUUUUCAACAUGUAUUGUCUUUGUGAAAUGUUCCAGAUGUGGACGUGAAUGUCAGUCAGUGAUAUGCCUGGAAACAAAAGAAAUCAUCUUUGGGGUAAGAUUUUGUGGCUUUUCUUUUACUGUGAUGGACAAAAAACAGAAGUGUUAUUAUCAUACAUGAUGGGUGUUCGAGUUCAAAUUUGGUGUUUGACUUUACUUUAGGGUGAACUAUUUCGGUGAACCAAUUUUGUUGUAUGAUUGUCAAUCAGUUCCACACCAUUGCAAUUAACAGUGCCCAUCCCCAAUGUUUACUCCAAAUAUGUUUUCACUGAUGUGUUCAGAUUGGUGCCUGUUAAAAGCCAAUCUGAAAAUGUUUGUCAAAUUGUUAUCGUAAUCUUCAUAUGUUUUAUUACAUUUUAUUCUAUUCUAUUCUAUAAUGGUUUAUGUACACAAUUAUUGUGAAAAGUGUACUUUGCCUUGCUGCUCUCUUUCAAAAUAAAUGUCAAUAAAGUU